GGCGCCGGCGCUACAUUCUCCCCUCCAGGACCCGUCGCGCAGGCCCCGAGGGUGCGGAAGCGUCCGGAGGCUCGGCGCGGGCAGAAGGGGGAGCGGCGGGGCGGGGCGGGGAGGGCCACGGGGGCCGGGCGGCUGACUCCGGGAGUCCGGGCCGGCCCACCCAGGCCUCUCCCCUCCGCCCGGGCUGCGGCCGACGGGACGCCCGCGGGCCGGGGCUGCAUGGGGCUCCCGCGCGGCCCGCUCUUCUGGCUGCUGCUCCUGUUCGCGGUUGUCUGCUCGGGGAUCCUCGUCGCCCUGUACUCCUCGGCGGUGGAGUCGUACCCGGGGCCCCAGACCGGAGCCAGGAACAUCACGUCGUCUCGAGCUUUCUUUGGACCCAAGGCAUCGAAUUCUAGGACGAGAAAGAACCUGCCCUGUCGACACCCACUUUAUCUCGCCAUUCAACGGCACCCUCACUUCCGGGAUCUGUUUGAUCUCUCCAUUCCAGUGCUGCUGUCAGGGAACCUCUUCACCCAGGAGCUCUGGGACAGCCUGAGCCAGCACAAAGCCCCCUAUGGCUGGCAGGGGCUCUCCGGCCAAGCCAUCGCCUCCACCCUGAGCCUCCUGAAUGGCUCUGAGAGCACCAGGCUGUUUGCCGUCUCCAGGGAGCUGCUUCCAGGCUGCAUCCGGUGUGCCGUGGUGGGUAACGGAGGCAUUCUGAAUGGUUCCCGCCAGGGUCAGAACAUCGAUGCCCAUGACUACGUGUUCAGACUCAAUGGUGCUGUGAUCAAAGGCUUUGAGAAUGACGUGGGCACCAAGACCUCCUUCUACGGUUUCACUGUAAACACAAUGAAGAACUCCCUCAUCUCCUACUCAAACCUGGGCUUCACCUCUGUGCCGCAGGGACAGGACCUGCGCUAUAUCUUCAUCCCCUCAGACAUCCGUGACUACAUGAUGCUGCGAUCGGCCAUUCUAGGUGUGCCUGUUCCUGAGGGCCCCGAUAAAGGGGACAGCCCCGCUCCUACCGGUCCAGACACCGCCACGGUCCUGGCGCCUUUCCCCUCUCCUCACUCCCCAACGGGCCGUACGACGGCACCGGCCGCUCUGUCCAUUUCUAUCGUGGGUCCUAGGCCUCAGACCUAUUUUGGACCAGAAGCCUCCGCCAGCCAAUUCAAGCUACUCCAUCCAGACUUCAUCAGCUACCUGACAGAGAGGUUUCUGAAAUCCAAGUGGAUUAACACAAAAUUCAGAGACCUAUACAUGCCUAGUACUGGAGCCCUCAUGUUGCUGACAGCACUGCAUACAUGUGACCAGGUUAGUGCCUACGGAUUCAUCACAAGCAACUACCAGAAAUUUUCUGACCACUAUUUCGAACGAAUAAAGAAGCCGCUGAUAUUCUACGUGAACCAUGAUCUGUCCCUGGAAGCCACCCUGUGGAAGGACCUGCACAAGGCUGGCAUCCUUUGGCUGUACCAGCGCUGACCCUGAAGCACCCAAGACCUUUGUGUUUUUGCAGAGCUGAGGCCCUUGGCCCCUCAAGUGGCCAAAGCUGCCUUCUGGUCUUUUCAGCCUGAGAGGGGCUCCAACUGUCCUUGACCCUCCACCCCCUUCUUCCCUACAGAGGACACCGAGUGGAUGUGUGACUGUCACUGAAGCCUGUUCUUUGUGGGACACCCAACCCUGUCCUCAGCUCAUCCAAGAAGACUCUCCUCUGUUCUGAGGCAGACAUCCCAACCCUGGCCAAGGAAAAACAAACGCUCUCUGCUGGAUUUGUCUUUAAAACUGAAGAUAACACUCUCAAGGUGAGACUGCCCCUCACCAGCGUGAGGCAGGCAUCCUUCUCAGCUGAGCGUUCCCCAGACAGCAGUGGCACGGAGUG